AUGGCCAAAUACAAGAUCGUCUGCGUUCAUGGCUUUGGCUCUAGCAGACAUGAUGUAGCAAUUGUAACAUCAGGGAUGGUUGAAGAACUAGGGGUCUACUUUGUCUCUUUUGAUAGACCAGGUUAUGGAGGAAGUGACCCAGAUCCAAAACAAACCUUAAAAAGUAUAGCUCUAGAUAUAGAAGAGCGUGCUGAUCAGUUAGAACUUGGAUCAAAAUUUUAUGUAAUUGGGGUUUCCAUGGGAGGACAGGUGAUCUGGGGAUGCCUUAAGUACAUUCCUCACAGGCUAGCAGGAGCAAUGUUAAUUGCUCCAGCCAAGUUUUCUCGCCAAGAUUUAGAAAUUAUAUCCAAACUUAGUGAAAGACAAAAUUACCAAGAAUAUGCGACGCAACAAGGAGAAUUUGAGUCCUUCCAUUGUGACAUGAAGAUUGGAUUCGGGAGUUGGGAAUUUGAUCCGAUGGAUCUUAAGAAUCCUUUCCUUGAUGAUGAAGGGUCUGUCCAUUUAUGGCAAGGCAAUGAAGAUGGCCUUGUGCCUGUUACACUGCAGCGCUACAUUGCUGAAAGGCUUCCCUGGAUACACUACCAUGAAGUAACAGAUGCUGGUCAUCUACUUCCAUUUGCAGAUGGUAUGAAUGAUGCUAUCUUGAAGGCACUUCUAUUGGGGGAGAAGAGCCUAUGGCAGAGAUAA